CAACCAUCACACCGUUAUGGCGCAGGGAUGAGAGUGGUCAUACAAUUUGCAAUGCGUGCGGUGAGUUAUAAUUAUUUCAGCUCAGCCAAUCCUCCCGUGUGGUUUUCUUAUCAGAUCGUACGAUGCGAAUUGCGAGAGGCGUUUAAUAUUCACGAUUAGCCGAAGGCAGUAAAGUGGUCUUCCUGUUCAUGUCGUGUCACCCCUAACCCUUGAUCUGAUUUGAUUUCGAUUGAUAAUCACAUCACUCUGCACCGUAAUCGGGUUAAUCAGAUAUGCUUUUCCGAGGCAUUUUUAUCUUAUUUUAAACCCCCCUGUGCUUUUGUAUUUCUGUUAUACUUGAUUAGUGCGACCUUUCCUUUUUUUUUUUUCGCUUCUCGUAUUUAUUGCUUUU